AUGGUGGAAGCAGUAGAGAUGUUCCCUGCCGCUGCACUCCUCACCACCGUCCUUCUUGCCCUCUCUGCCUCGGCUACCCCCUUGGUGACCAUCAGGGACAGCCCCAUUAGCUUGCCUUUCGCCAGGAAGACGAACUUCACGGGCAGUGUUAACCUCCUGAAGGCGGACCAGGCAAGGGCCAAGGCUCUUCGUGCUCGUGCAGAGGCAAAGGCAUCUGGUCUCGCUCUGAAUGUCGACGCCGUUAUAAACGAACCCGUCGACAACCAAGCUGUCACGUACAUCGCCUCAGUGAAUGUCGGCAGCCCCCCAACCAACUUCCAACUGCUCAUUGAUACCGGUAGCUCUAAUACCUGGGUCGGCGCUACCACCCGCUACACGCAAACUAGUACCAGUACACGUACAUCCAACUCAGUUUCUGUCACCUACGGCUCUGGCUCUUUCUCUGGAACCGAGUUUAUUGAUCGCGUAGACAUCGGAAAUGGCCUCGUCAUUCCCAACCAGUCCAUCGGUGUCGCUUCGAGGUCAACUGGAUUCGAUGGCGUCGACGGCAUUCUAGGGAUUGGGCCUGUUGACCUUACCCAGGGAACUCUCUCACCUGCUACCAACACUCUUAUCCCCACUGUCACCGACAACCUCUUCAGCCAGGGAACAAUCACCCAGAACCUCCUCGGCAUCUCGUACAACCCCACGACUGUCCUCGACACUGUGAACGGUGAAAUCACUUGGGGUGGUACCGAUAGCUCGAAGUUCACCGGAAGCAUCGGCUUCGCGCCCAUUACUACCACGUUCCCCGCUAGCGAGUUCUGGGGAAUUAACCAAUCAAUUCGAUACGGUGCUUCUACGUCGAUCCUGUCCAGCACUGCCGGUAUCGUCGACACUGGAACCACCCUUGUCCUCAUUGCCUCUGAUGCCUUGAGCCGUUACCGCUCUGCCACCGGGGCCGUCAAUGAUGCUAACACUGGCCUGCUCCGCAUCACCGCUGCUCAAUUCGCCAACUUGCAGAGUCUCUUCUUCACCGUGAACGGGGUCUCCUACGAGCUCACAGCCAACGCGCAAAUCUGGCCUCGCGCCCUCAACACCGCGAUUGGUGGCAAUGCCAACAGCAUCUACCUCAUCGUCGGCGACUUGGGCUCCACCACGGGCUCUGGCCUCGACUUUAUCAACGGCUACACAUUCCUUGAACGCUUCUAUUCGGUAUUCGACACCACCAACCGCCGUGUUGGGUUUGCUACCACCGCGAACACCCACUCCACAGUCAACUAA